CAAUAUGGCGGAAAAGAAUAUUUCGUGUUAGCUCCGGGUUUUUUUGGGAUUUGUUUGCAAUUUUACCUUUUUUCCCAGCAAAAUGAAGAUAAAAGGAAGUGUUGCAUUAAUUACUGGUGGAGCUCAAGGAAUUGGUAGAGAAAUAUGCAAGGCUCUUCUCGAAAGGGGUGCAAAAGUGUCAAUUCUGGAUAUUAAAAAGGAAAUUGGACAAGACCAGGUUAAAAACUUCCAAAACAAGUAUGGCGAAAGCAGUGUAGCUUUUGUUCCCUGUGAUGUUACAAACAAGAAUCAAAUGGAAGCUGCAUUUCAAAGAUCCUGGGAUGUCUUUGGAAAUAUUGACAUUGUAUGCAACAAUGCAGGCAUUGUUCACACUGCAGACAUGACAGAUGGAGUCUGGGAUAAAAUGAUUGAUGUAAAUGUGAAAGGCGUGGUUCAUGGAACCAUCUUAGGAAUAAAAUACAUGAGCACCAAUGGAAGCAUGGGACAUGGAGGAACAAUUAUCAAUGUGGCCUCAAUAGCAGGUUUAAUUCCAGCUACUGACAUGCCCGUUUAUGCAGCAACUAAGCAUGCUGUUGUUGGAUUAACGAGAAGUUUGGAGGGCCUUAAAGAUAGCGAUGGUGUUCGAAUCAAUUGUAUUUGUCCCUCGUUCACGGACACCCCGAUGGUGGUAGACGGUGGACUGACCAAUCCACAAUUUCAAGACAGGCUUACCGCCAAAUACAUUCGGAAAUUUGGUUUAUUAAGGCCUGAGUUGAUUGCUUCUGGUGUAAUAGAACUCAUCGAGGAUGACACCAAGAACGCUGCUGUCAUGCGCGUCACGAAACAAAAUGGUAUAGACUACAAAAAGUACUUCCAGCCGAAGCUAUAACUGUCUGCAGUGCUUGAAUAGAUAAUAAAUGAAGACAAUUAGCAAGACGGUGUGUAUGGAUCAGUGGACCUCAAUUGUCAUUAUAGAAUCACUGAUUAACUCGAUUCUCAUUGGACAAGAGAAUUACAGUUAAAUCCCAAAUUGUCCCAAUUAUGUUGAUCAAUUAAGGGAGCACGUUAAAAUUUUAUUUAUUUUUAUUUUUUUAUUUUUUAGCACGUUAAAAUUUUGAUUGUGUUGGUUUAUCUUCGAUUUUAGCGCACGUAAUCUAAGAUAUGACAGGCGUUCCUUGUAGUGCUUGUUUACGUGCGCGCGCUACACUUUAUGGCAGUUGUUCCUUGCUUUAGUCGGGCUAGCGAAUUUACUCCAUUCGGAUCGGCCGAAACCAAAACACUACGAGGAACGCCUGUCACAUGAUGGAUCAGCCAAGUGCAAUAACUUUCUUUACACAAACAAAAUUUUAAUGUGCUCCCUCGGAUCAAUUUUGUGUAUCAUAAACACACGAAAAUCGCACGAUCUUCUCGUACAUUGUACUCGAUAUCUUGCGAUUUCCUAUACAAAUUGUGCGCACUCCAAGUGAUGGAAAUAUAGUUGAAAGUGGUGACUUUCAACUUAUUUUCAUACUAUUGAAAAAGGGGCCGAAGUUUGGCUUGCAAUAUCACUUCUAACAUAUUUUCGAGUGUGAUCUUUGGGAAUGAGAAUGCGCUUAAAUAGGAGACAUGCAUCCUACAUGACUAAGUAUUGUCUUGUGAUAUUGAUCAAUGUCAUGAUUACUAUCAAAUGUCCAUUUCUUCAAACUGCAUGUAUCCUAUGCCUUUAGCAGCGUUGGCUCUCAUGAUUGCUCCAUUCUUGGAAUCGUCAUUGAUGAGCUGAAGAAGACCCUUGGCAAUGAACUCUGGUCUGUAAACAAACAAAGAUAAAACAAGAAGGAAUGAGAGGUUAAUGCAUUCGCCUCUCAUCUCUGGGAUCUCGGGUUCGAUCCUGACACCACUGACAUAUCAGUAGAGUUUAUAAUGUCUUUUCCUUGAUUCAAAGGUAUUUCUUCGGGUUCUCUACAAAACCUAACACGCUAAAUUACAAAUCGAUCUGUGAGUUAA